UUGUAUCUCAAAUAACCGUCAGUGGUUGUAAACACAGACUUAUUUCUGAUAAAAUCCAACCUUAUUAACAUUCAGGGCCGUGUCUUACCUUUUGUAGCGCCUCAUGUCUGAAACCUGUUGUCUAAUUAACUUUUGGAUGGCUGCAACUCACUUCCGGCUUCUCUUCGACAACCAACGUGCUUAUAUUUCUUCUUCGCCUCUUUUUUUGUUGAUAGGCAAAUCUGUGUUGUCAAUAUCGAGGUUAAAUCUUUAAAGUAUGCAUUAAAGUUGUGUAUGAGAUAUGACCUGGGAGCGCCUUGGGACCCCCCAGUCAGAGCUGGUUGAUGUCGCCAGGGAAAAGAAAGUUUGGGGCUCUCUGCUGGAACUGCUACCCCCGCGACCCAACCACGGAUAAGCGGGAGAAGAUGGAUGGAUGAGAUAUGACAUUGCACAUGAAUAAGAGCUCACCAGAAGAAACACACACAGACUUUCAUGGACAGACGCUUUUUCAUCAGGAGGAGGAUUCUGGGAUUAAAUCAGAAGCAGAGGACAGUAACGAGACGCCGUCCUCAGAGGAAGACCAGGACCUCCUGGACUUUAACCCGGACAUCAAACAGAGCAUCUCGUCCUCCAGGAAAACCAUCAGUCAGAUCAUCAAAGACAAGAAGAAGCAGACACAACUCACCCUGCAGUGGCUGGAGGAGAAUUACAUCGUGUGUGAAGGAGUGUGUCUGCCUCGAUGCAUCCUCUACGCUCACUACCUGGACUUCUGCAGGAAGGAGAAACUAGAGCCGGCCUGCGCUGCUACGUUUGGAAAGACAAUCCGACAGAAGUUUCCUCUUCUAACAACGAGAAGACUUGGCACCAGAGGACACUCCAAAUACCAUUACUAUGGGAUUGGCAUCAAAGAGAGCAGCGCUUACUAUCACUCUGUGUACUCUGGAAAAGGGUUGACCAGAUUUUCAGGGAGCAAGCUGAAGAACGAGGGAGGUUUCACCAGGAAAUAUUCUUUGAGCUCAAAAACUGGAACGUUGCUUCCCGACUUCCCCAACGCUCAGCAUCUCCUGCUGCAGGGAAACAUCUCCAGGGAAAAGGUGGACACUCUGAUCAUGAUGUAUAAAACACACUGCCAGUGCAUCCUGGACAACGCCAUUAACGUCAACUUUGAGGAGAUUCAGAAUUUUCUGCUGCAUUUCUGGCAGGGCAUGCCCGACCACCUGCUGCCGCUGCUGGAGAACCCGGUUAUAGUCGACAUCUUCUGCGUCUGUGACUCCAUCCUCUAUAAGGUUUUAACAGAUGUUCUGAUUCCAGCUACAAUGCAAGAGAUGCCUGAGAGUCUGUUGGCAGAUAUCCGCAACUUUGCCAAACACUGGGAGCACUGGCUGGCCUCCUCCCUGGAAAACCUCCCAGAAUGCCUUGCAGCAAAGAAGCUCCCCAUAGCACGCCACUUUGUUUCCUCUCUGAAGAGACAGACAUCUUUCUUACACCUGGCACAGAUAGCCCGUCCGGCGCUGUUCGACCAGGCUGUGGUGACCAGCAUGGUGCUGGACAUCGAUAACGUGGAUCUGAGCAGCAUCAGCUCUCAGCCUCUGCUCAGCAUCAACACAUCUGGAGACCAGGACCCCGACAUCUACUCUGAGUACGACUCCAUCACCGUCUUCCAGGAGCUGAAGGAGCUGCUGAGGAAGAACGCCACGGUGGAGUCCUUCAUCGAGUGGCUGGACUCUGUGGUGGAGCAUAAAGUCAUCAAGCCCGGGAAGCAGAGCGGCCGCUCGGUGAAGAAGCGAGCGCAGGACUUCCUCCUCAGGUGGAGCUUCUUUGGAGCCAGAGUGAUGCACAACCUCACGCUCAACAACGCCUCCAGCUUCGGCUCCUUCCAUCUGAUCCGGAUGCUGUUGGAUGAAUACAUCCUGCUGGCUCUGGAGACUCAGUUCAACAACGACAAGGAGCAGGACCUUCAGAACCUGCUGGACAAAUACAUGAAAAAUGCAGAUGCGAGUAAAGCAGCGUUCAUUGCCUCUCCUAGUUCCUGCUUCCUAGCCAAUCGCAACAAGGCCAGCGCUGCCAUCGACCAAUCGGUGAAGAAUGAGUCUCUGGGAGAACACGCCUACAUGUCUCUCUCCACCAAUCAGCAGCAGAGUCUGGAAACAAGCGCCGCCAUCUACCAGGAGACGGCUGGCUUUACUGUGUCAGGGGGUCAGAUGGACUUCUCUCAGGUGAGCGGCCCCCUCAUGACGCCCCCUAUCUCUCCGGCAGCGUUAGUGCACCGAGGCUCCGUCAUCAACCAGGGCCCGAUGACAGGGAGGCCCCUACAUACUUCCUCUUCCUCCUCUUCCUCCACCUGCGCCUCCUCCUCCUCUUCCUCCUGCCUCUCCUCCCUCAGCGCCAUGACCCAGCCCGGCCCCUGCUCUUCUUACCCGGAGACCCUGUACCACUGCUUCCCUCAGACCAGCUACUUCCCUUCAACCGGGGCCUCCACAGGGGCAAACUACCAGACUGCACUCAGGCCUCAGACUCAGAGUCAGUGUCUGGCUUCGGUCCCGUCUCCCUCUCUCGCCUACCAUCUCUCUCGGUACCAGAACUUCAGCGACCAGCAGCUGAGUAAAGACGUGUUCUUCCAGCCGUCCUCCAACAGCACCAGCUGCUCUCUGGGUUUCGGCUCUGCGGUUCGACCCGGCUACUCCUCAGGCUCAGAGGCAGCAGAACCGAGCCUGGACACUCAGAUGCUCGACUCUGCAGAGAUCAGCUUUGUGGGCCAGGGCCAGACGUACUCUGCUGCAGGACACAGCGGUUACUAUGGGAACAGUUACCUGGACAACCAGCGGAUGAGCUCAUUGGUGGAUCAGCACGUGUCUGUGAUCAGCACGGUGGGCAGCCUGCGGGCGUUCCCCUCGGCGUACUCUGACGUCCACGAUCCUCUCAACAUCCUGGACGAACCCGGGAGGAAAACUACGGGAGCGUACUUCAUCGAGACUGAGACCGGAGCAGAUCAUUCCCUCCCGUCUUCAGGAUCUGCCCCCUGCAUGUUUGGAGUCCCGUCUCCGUUCACCUCCCAGGAUGCAUUGCUCUCUCAGCAGCGUGUGCAGUCAUCUUCAGAUGUGCAGGACCUGGUGUCGUCGCUGCCUCCCAUCAACACCGUCUUCAUGGGAGCAGGGGGAGUACAAUGACUGCAGGAAAUACACACUACCUAACAAAACAACUACAUCUGGAUGUUUAAAAUAAAAUGGAUCGGCAACAUUUAGCACAAUUCACAGGAACAUAGAGCCUUGUGCACGAAGAUGAUAUUAUUAUUUACAGAGAGAAACCUGCCAAUUAUUUACAUCUACCACUAUGAUAUGAACCAGAAAGAAAGGAGCAAUAUUUAUUUGUAUAAAAAUGUGGAGUAUUAAUUUAAAAGCAUACACAUUAUAACAAUAGACAUGAUGAUAAAGAUAUUUAUAGCAUCUCCUCAAAUGUAUUUUUCAAUAUUUCCAUUUUCUUUUGUU